AUGAAGACACCCAACCAUAUUGAUGGUGAUGCCAUUAAAAACAAUAAUACCAUUCAAUUUGAGCCCAACAUCAAACUACUAUCAACUACGGGGCUAUACAACGAUGGUAAACAAGAGCAGACCAUCGAGCUAGAUAAACAGGAACUGCAUCCUGAUGAAUUACAAAUUAUAUCAUACACUUCGGGCACAACGGGACCGCCGAAAGGGAUUGAGAUGACUGGCGCUCAGUUGGUCAGAGCGGGAGUGUCCACAUCGGCGGCGAUGGAG